GUUACAAGGCCGCACUCCACAAUCCCAACACUAGCGAGGAGGCCAAAGAGCAAGCUCGUCAAGCUCUGGCUGGGAGCAGCUAGAUGGGACCGGCUCUACCUAGAGCAGCUCAAGUGGUCGUCAAAUGUAUAUCUCAUAGCCUUGUGUAUCCACUUCAACGCGCUUGCCAUCAAGAAAUCGUUUGGCGGGCUCGCGUCGCGUCCAGUCUUGUCGUGCCGAGAUGUUGUCCUUUUCGCCCGAGAUCUCUUCCCCGAAGUCGGGGACAUACGAACGUAUCGCACGAUCUGAUAGUUGGACCUUGGCCUAGUGCGAAGCAUUCGGCAGCCUCGCGGACAUUAGAUGCGGUCCCACGGAAAUUGCACACCUUUUGGCGAGCAGGACACUUCGGGCCCGCACUUAGGCGACAGCCGCACCUUCGUUAUAAUCAGGCUGAUAAUGUGACUGACCGAAGCUUUCCACUUGCACCUCACAGUUGUCUUAGCAAACAAUUAGGAUUCGACCUAACAUCGUCGUGUGCUCCAUGUCAAUGUGGGGAUUUCGAGCUAGGGCGCGGCGUUUGGGACCCCUAUGGAGCGGCAUCGUCUCGAUUCGGGCGAGAAUUGUGAACAUGGUUGGGGAAGAGAACAGGUUCUGCCCUGAGAGCAUCUUAAAUACAUGACUAUACUGAAUCACAAGCUCCUCACUGACUUCUCCCUCAAGUCCGCAACAAUGCUCUCUGCUACUCUAGGUCUACUGGCGCUCGGUAUACGAUGCGCUCGAGCAGCGUCAAAUGUCAUUGACCUCUCAGGAGACGGAUGGACACUGACAUCUCCUGGGAAUGACUCCAUCCACGUCCCUGCCACCGUCCCUUCUCAGAACUAUAUGCCCCUUCAAGCAGCGGGCAUCGUUCUUGACCCAACGUAUGGCUAUCAAGAGAAUGAACAAGCUUGGGUGAGGUACUCAAAUUGGACUUAUACUUCGCCAGCGAUCACGGGAUUGAACAUGAGCUCUGG